AUGUCCGUCACUAUGAGAUCGGCUAGACUUAUGCGCAGCAACUCUGUGCUGCGGCCCAGUCUGACCAUCCGACCCCGGUACAACGGCGCCUUAGGCGCUGCAUCGGCCGCAAAUCUCCGCUUCAACGGACGAGGACUCCCAACCCAUCUGCAGGCCAUCGCGAUUCUGGUCCCGCAACAGCGCGGAUAUGCGACCGAAACUUCUACGUCUACAUCGUCGCAAUCUAACCUGCCACCACCAGGUUUCAACGCCGAGCAGGCCAAGAAGCCGAUCCCUCAGUCAAAUGCAUCACAACCGGCGGCUGCGCACGGGAGCACGCAGGUUGCCCGUAAGCCUGAGAUCCCGCUUGCCGCGGCAAAUAGCGUCGAUUUGAAGAAGCAGGGCGAGCUGGAGGCUGCGAAGAAGGCGUUGACAGAGGAGGAGAAAAAGGUCGCCGAAGCCAAGAAGGACCAGAAGAAAUUGACGAUCGGACAGAAGAUCAAGAAAGAGGUGCAGCACUAUUGGGAUGGAACUAAACUUCUGGCUACAGAAGUGAAAAUUAGUUCGAGACUGGCAUUGAAGAUGGCAGCGGGAUAUGAACUCAGUCGGAGAGAACAUCGUCAGCUUCAACGUACGGUGAGAGAUCUCGGACGAUUGAUCCCAUUUUCGAUGUUCGUUAUCAUCCCCUUCGCGGAACUGCUGCUGCCGAUCGCUUUGAAGCUGUUCCCCAACCUGCUGCCUAGCACCUACGAGGGCCAGACAGCGCGCGAGAAGAAGGCUCUCAACCUGAGCUCAACCCGUCAAGAAGUUUCCGCAUUCUUGAAGAACACUUUGAGGGAGAGUGGUCUUCCGGUCACCCCUGCUGCGGUCAGGAACGAGGAGUUUGCGGAAUUCUUCAAGAAAAUUAGAACCACGGGCGAAACCCCGUCCACUCAGGAUGUGAUCAAAGUCUGCAAGAUCUUCAAGGAUGAUCUGACUCUGGACAACCUGUCGCGUCCUCAGCUUGUCGCCAUCUGCAAGUACAUGAACCUGAACUCCUUUGGCACGGAUGCCAUGCUCCGUUAUAAUAUUCGCCACCGCAUGCGUCAGAUCAAGCGUGACGAUCGCGCGAUUUUUUACGAGGGAGUGGAGUCGCUCUCUGUUCCAGAAUUGCAAAUGGCGUGUGCCUCGCGUGGCAUUCGUACACAUGGUAUUUCCCCCGCUCGCCUGCGGGAGGACCUCUCGAUGUGGCUGGAUCUCCGUCUCAAGCAAGGCGUUCCCUCCACGUUGCUGGUCCUGAGCAACGCGUAUUCCUAUGCACAGGGCGGUAAGGAGGCGGAGAUGGCGUCUCAGAUUGAAGCGCUUCAGUCCGUUCUCUCUAGCAUCCCUGAGGAGUUGUUCCAUGAAAUCGAGCUCGAGGUCCACAAUGCCGAGGGUGCCGCCACCAACAAGCAGCGUCUGGAGGUUAUCAUGGAACAGCAAGAACUCAUUGAAGAGGAGAACGAGCAGAACAGCAAGCAUGAGGAUAAGGGUGUUUCAGCGCCCAAGGACACUGAGGACAUCGACGACAAGGAAGAUGUGAAAUUUGAGACAUCAGACAACCUUGAAAAGCAGACCAACGAGGCUGUAGAGGCCGAGAAGGAAGGCGAGAAGGUAGAAGAGACUCAGACAGAGGACUUGGCUGCCAAGGCCAAGGAUGAGAAGAAGGGAGCCGCCUCGCAGUAG